GCAGCUAGCUGCCCAGACUUGGGGGGAUCCCCCUUGCCUUUAGGUGGAGGCUCCCCCCUUUCUCUUUUUUGGGUGGAAAUGAAGGGGUGGGUCUAUGGUGCAUCACCUGAGUUGUGGGGUAAAUGGAGAGAGUGUCAAUCAAAAGGCAGAGCUCAGAGCUGGGAAGAAAGCGCACGAUGGCGGCUGUGCUUUGGAGAGCGCGCUGAGCCUUGCCUUCUCCCCACUUGGGCGCAACUUUCCCUAACUUUGGGGCAGCCUCGAGGGGCUGGGGCGGCCCCUGGCCUCCGGGGGGGACCGGCGUGGGGCAGAUCGAGCCGUUGGGGGCAGGAAACCAGCAUCGGGGGGCUCCUUUCCCUCGCCCGGUUGGAAAGGAGCAGCGGAGAAGGCAGCCCGGGUCGUCGUUUUUUUCCCAGCUUGGGAAGCCAUGGCGCACCUCCAUUUUGGUGCGCUCGCCUAAUGCGCUUUUUCCACCGGAUCUUUGGACGGGGGCUUUUCACGAUCAAACCACCGCGGAUUCCGAGGGAUCAAAUUCCGAUUUAUUAGAUGUCUUUUUUAAAAAGCGAGACUUCGUUAUUAUUAUUAUUUUUUUGGGGCGAAAAACCCCGCUCCGUGCGUCUCGGAAACAUUUUGGAGCUGCUUGUUUCCGUGCGCCCCGAAACGAACACUGGGCGAUCUAAUAGAUGGGCGAUCAUUAAGCAUCAUUUCGAAAGGAUAUAUUUUUUAAAAAUUCCUUUUCUUAAAACACUUUGGAUUUUUUCUUCCCCCCCCCUUCCCUUUGUCGACCGGUCCGAACGAUCUGGAAUGACGCAAUAAAAUACCGAGAAUUUUUUCUUCUCCACGGUGACUUCGGGAAAGUUUGCACCAUGUCCCCCAAGGCUGUGGACCCUCCGUGUAAUUUGGGGGGGACAGCAAAUGUAAUAUUGCAUUCUUGAUUCCCCCCCUCCCUUUCUGCCUUAUUGCAACAAAUAACCAUUGCAAACGAAAGGACUUUUUGCGCGUCGCCGGGGAAGGCAAAAGUAAAGUGAGACUUUGCCUCCCUUUCAACUUUUGACAGUAAAUACCUGGGCUCUGGACCUCCCGACCUCCUUUCUGCUUUGCUUUUAGCAUUUUAAGACUUAAAAGAUGAUGAGAAACACGGCCAAAAGCCACGGAGAGGAGGGCUCUGUCCACAGCAAUGCAUCGAGCCACUCCGCAUCCGAGGAGGCCUCGGGAUCAGAGUCGGCGAGCCAGUCUGACAGUGAGCCGGCCAGCGACCAUGGAAGCGAGUCCAACAGCAGCUCAGAGACCUCCGAAAGCCAAUCAGAAUCGGAGAGCGGGUCGACAGGCUCAAAGUCUCAACAGACGCCUCCUGAAACAAAAGAGAAGCCCGCUUCCAAGAAAGAAAGGAUAGCAGAUGUCAAAAAGAUGUGGGAGGAAUACCCCGAUGUUUAUGGAGUACGGAGGUCAAACCGCAGCAGACAGGAACCCUCUCGUUUUAAUAUUGCAGAAGAGGCGAGCGAGUCUGAAGGCGAAAGCCCCAAAAGAAGAGGCCAGAAGCAAGUGAAAAAAACAGAGGAAUGGAAGGGCUCCGACGAUGACGGGGAGGACGAACAGGAACAAGGCACCAGUGCGGAAAGCGAGUCGGAGCAGAGGACGGUGAGAGCCCGCAGGCCCGUCCUGAGGAGGGCCCCGGGCAGAGCAGUGGCAAAGAAGUCCCACAAGCCCCAGCGAGGGAAGAGGAGGAGGAAAACGGAGUCGUCGGAGGAGGAAGACGACGAUGAGGACGACAGGACCCCCAAAAGACAGACCCGGCGCCGAGCAGCCAAAAACGUCAGGUAUUGCUACAAAGAGGACGACGACUUUGAGACGGACUCGGACGAUUUGAUCGAAAUGACCGGCGAAGGGGCUGAGGAGCAGCAGGAUAACAGUGAGACGAUCGAGAAAGUGUUGGACGUGAGAGUCAGCCGAAAGGGAGUCACUGGGGCUUCCACCACGGUCUAUGCCACGGAAGUCAGCGGCGACCCCUGCGCCGAUUUCGACCCCGAGAAAGAGGAAGGGGAGUCUCAGUACCUGAUCAAGUGGAAGGGCUGGUCGUACAUCCACAGCACGUGGGAGAGCGAGGACUCGCUGCAGCAGCAGAAGGUCAAAGGCCUGAAGAAGCUGGAGAACUUCAAGAAGAAAGAGGAAGAGGUCAAGCAGUGGUUGGCAAAGGUGUCCCCUGAAGAUGUGGAAUACUUUAACUGCCAACAGGAGCUGGCGGCGGAAUUGAACAAGCAGUACCAGAUAGUGGAAAGGGUGAUCGCUGUGAAGACGAACAAAUCAGCCACGGCCGGUUCUGAAUUCCCAGCUCACAGCCGCAGGUCCUCCUCCAACGAACCGGAAUACCUGUGCAAAUGGAUGGGGCUCCCGUACGCCGAGUGUAGCUGGGAAGAUGAAGCCCUGGUCAACAAGAAGUUCCAGCACUGCAUCGACAGCUUCAACAGCCGGAACAACUCCAAAACCAUGCCUACCCGGGACUGCAAGGUGCUGAAGCAGAGACCGCGGUUCGUGGCUCUGAAAAAGCAGCCGUCAUACAUCGGCGGGGAGAACUUGGAGCUCCGAGAUUACCAGUUGGAAGGCCUCAAUUGGCUGGCUCACUCGUGGUGCAAGAACAACAGUGUGAUCCUGGCUGACGAAAUGGGCCUGGGGAAGACCAUCCAGACCAUCUCCUUCCUCUCCCACCUCUUCUACCAGCACCAGCUGUACGGGCCCUUUUUGAUCGUGGUGCCUUUGUCGACCUUGACCUCGUGGCAGAGGGAGUUCGAAAUCUGGGCCCCCGAGAUAAACGUGGUCGUCUACAUCGGAGACCAGAUAAGCAGGAACACUAUUCGCGAGUAUGAGUGGAUCCACGCUCAGACCAAGCGGCUGAAGUUCAACGUUCUCAUCACGACCUACGAGAUUCUCCUGAAAGACAAGGCUGUGCUGGGGAGCAUCAAUUGGGCCUUCCUGGGCGUGGACGAAGCGCAUCGCCUGAAGAACGACGACUCCCUUCUGUACAAGACGUUGACCGACUUCCGGUCCAAUCACCGGCUGCUCAUCACGGGGACGCCGCUUCAGAAUUCCCUGAAGGAGCUCUGGUCUCUGCUUCAUUUCAUCAUGCCUGAGAAGUUUGAGUUCUGGGAAGAUUUUGAAGAUGACCACGGGAAAGGGCGUGAAAACGGCUACCAGAGCCUCCACAAAGUCCUGGAACCGUUCCUUCUGCGCAGAGUGAAGAAAGACGUCGAGAAAUCCCUCCCUGCCAAAGUGGAGCAGAUCCUUCGUGUGGAGAUGUCCGCCCUGCAGAAGCAGUAUUAUAAGUAG